AGACCGAACUUCGCGAUACGGUCUGGAAGGGUGGGCGAUCCAUGCCUCGCAAAGUAGACGUCGCGAAGCAGAAUUGGGGCGUGAGAGUCGGUAACGAAGAAGGCUGGGUCAUCACGCCGGAUUGGUGCUCUGCAACCUUUGCCGGCGUUGCAGCGCCACUUGACCGAGCCGCCGAGUUCUUCCACAGGAUACUCGCCAGCUUGAAGGUAUCAAAAGAUAGCAGGUAUGAUGGGUUCACAGACUCAGUUUGGGCACAUUCCCGGUCUCUGUGUGGUGCAUCAGACUUUUGCUUGUAUGGCCGACAGUGGAACCGCGGAGAUCAGUGUCAGAUGCGAUCCGAGGUGUGGCGUCAUUCCCCGCGCUUCACCGAGAAGUGCGCAUGUAUUCCGAUUGGCUGGUCUUUAGCACAUGGAAGCUGACUCGCCUUGCCAUGGAAGUGAACCUCAUCAGCCUCCACAGCCGCACAUCAGCCGACUGCAUCUUACCUGGGGCCUAAUACGGAUCUACCGUGACCAUAUUACUGUCUUUAUCCUGUCCCGGCGGCGACCCACGGAUACAGUUUGGGCGCACCCAAGAGAACGGGGGACUGAGCGAGUUCCACGAUAUCGACAGCUUUGCCUCGCCGAGCAGUCUACCGCAAAUAAAUCUGUAAUCGGCGCCCGUCCAUGGUCAAGGCAUGAGACUAGAACUCCUAUGUCGUGGGUGGAUGUGGCCGAGACAUCGGUGGUGCCAGACAACAAUAACUGCUAUCCUUGGUUUUCCAAAGAUAGCAGCGUCCGCUGGAAGAAAAUUGACGGUUCCCAGACCGUGGUAUCCUCGCCAGCAUUCAAGUGUGCAAUGAACAGCUCCAAAGAGCGCUCCAGAUUAUUUUGGUUUGGGGGAGGGGUGGUGUGGGAAGGGGACCAUAAGCCGAUCUCAGCUGGCGCAGAAAGUCCAAACUUCUCAGACGAACGCAGCCGGCCUUCGCAGUCUCAGACGGGCCGAGCAUCACAGCACAGCCCGCAUGAGGUCAUCUUUCUGGGAUGGCUGCCGGGAAUCGCGCAAGACAAAGAUAGGGGUUUCUUCGGCCUUGUCCCGACUUCCGACCUUUGAGUUGUUAAGGUGGUCUUUCCCGGGAGCAAUCGAGAGCUGAGAGGCCCCUGGGACAACGAGUACCCAAAACAACAUGCACAGAUACUGGGCUCUCGAUGGGCGGCCGCAUCGCUGCGGCGAAGGAUGCCGACUGCACU